AGAUCAUCGACAUCCAUCGUGGUGGUGCCAAAGUUCGGGUCGUCCUGCGCUCGCCGUGUGCAUAGUACUUACGAUGAAAGUCGAGUUCUCCGUCGAAAGCGUUAAGCAUCAACGCAAGGCCCAAAAGUUCCAUAGCGGACAAAGAGGCUGCGACGUUUCUGCUUCGUUCAAGUUACCAGCGUUUACUCGUAUUUCACCUGAACUUCGAUGAUGCAAGAUUUUCCAGCUGGUCUAUGAUGCCAGUGACAACCCUAAAGCAAGGCGCUUUGGAAACAAGACCCUCCUGGCGCUUGCCUUGACGUGCAAGUUAUUCACGGAACCUGCACUAAAGCUUUUGUGGCAAGACCUGCCCGGGCUUGCGCCACUUAUCAAAUGUCUCCCGCGAAGCCUAUGGAAACAGGUGGAACAAAAAUUGGAAUUCCAAAGACUUAUGACCUUAGAUGACUGGUCUAUUUUUUGCAAAUAUCGCCAUCACGUCCGUUCGCUCAGAACAAAUGUCUAUCCGAUACGAGUUGGUGCCGAAAUUUGGCGUGCCCUCAGAUGUCCUCCUUUCCCCCUUCCCUUGCUCCCCAACCUGAUGUCUCUUACCUGGAGCUCCGAUAGCAACGAGACGUUCCUACGGAUGCGGUUGUUUGUAAGCCCCAAAAUAACGACACUCGAUCUCAUCCCCGACACCUUUGAUCCAUCCGAACACUCUGUCUUGUCAUGCAUCGCAAUGCUGUGCCAUUCUGUCUCGCAUUUUCG